AUGUCCGAGCUCGUCCGCUCAACCACCUUCCAAACACCCCAGGAAUACUACGCCGGCUUCAAAUCCAGACCGAAUCUGCAAAAGGCGUUCUGCGAUAUCGAUGAUGAAACUAACCUCAAGGCGUAUUUGAAGCUCUUGAAGGAUCCGCAGACGCGUAACUUUGUGCUCGACUUUGGGAAUGAUGAUGCUUGGUGUGCGGUGAAUUUGGGGCAGGAGGAUGUUGCGGCGAUGUUGAGGAAACCUAAACCGAAGUGUUUUGGUACGAGGUGGAUUAAUAUCUGGGCUCCGGAGCAACAGAAGGAUUUGAUCAAGACCCUUACGAAUCACUAUGGUGUCUCGGAGCGGCUGCAGGGGUUGAUGUGUACGGAUCCGGUGGAACGUCCUUCGAAGCCUCCUGUGCCUCCUGAGCCACAGAGGAAUAACUUCCGCUCGAACAAUGUCGAUCGCUCGCGCCGUUCGCGGCCGGAUGAUGUGGAGGGGAAUGCCUUACAGAACCUGAGACAUCCUGAAGAGAUUGCGGCAUUAGCGGCGUUCAGAGGUAUUACCUUUGGUAAUGUUAUCGAUCAGAUUUGGCACUUUUGCUCGGUGGACUAUGGUUCGAAGUAUACCUGUGUCGGGUACAAUUCGCUAUUUGUUGUUCCUCAAACCGACCAGCAUAAUGGGAGAGAGUUGCCCGAUGGGAAACGACUAUGGACUUGGCUAAUCUUGUGCAAUGAUGGAACGGUCAUUUGCAUGCAGGAGAAUCCAUUCCCUGGUUUGUCUGGGCCAUCAGAGAAGGAAUUACAAGCUGUGCUCGGUGUAGUCCGCAGGAACAUCCAGCUCAUCUUUGCGGGAGUCUCAAAACAGCACUUUGCUUCGUCUGAAAGCGACUCGUUGGUUACUAUUCGAGUAAGACCGUUUCUCGGGGGUGGCCCAGAACAGGUGAGCAUCAAGCAAGAAGAUGGGCCGAGCUUGUUGUUUUAUUAUAUAUUCGAUGACUGGGUUUCAUCGUAUGCUCUCGUUGCACAACGCGAACAUAAAUACGGGGUAUCCCUCAACAGACUUAGGCAAGACAUGUUAUCGAGACCGGAGGUUGACCUGGUCCAUGAAUUACAUCGGCUGGGUAGACAGUUGGCCGUCCUGAGACGGCUCUAUCAAAGUUAUGAGCUUAUCAUGAUGCGUAUACUGCAGAGACAGCGUCUGCUGCGUGACGAGGCCCGGUCAAAUCGCCUUCCAAUGGCAAUGGGACAGAGCUUUGCAGAAAACGAAGUCGGGGAUACUCGUCGCUCGACGAGGGAUAGUUUCAGCUUUUCCACCCCAGAUGCCGAUGUGGGUGUCCAGCUAAGUCCGCCUGCUGUAGCUCGAUUCGAACGACUGCUCGAUCGCAUCAAGCUAUAUUGUCUGUCGGAGAUUGAGAGCUGUCUGACAGAGAAGGAAAAUCUCACAUUCCUUAACUUCAACUUAAUUGCCCUCAAGGAUUCCCAAGCCGUUGAGAAACUGACGCGAAUCACGAUUCUACUCGCAAAAGUGACCAUUCUGUUUUUACCAGUCAGUCUAAUGACUGGUUACUUCUCCACCGAGCUUCGCAACGUCAAGGGCGAAUAUACGAUCAAUCAGUACUGGGUCAGCUUUGCCGUGAUCUUGUUCCUGUCGAUGGUCCUGCUCUGGAUUUUUGGAUAUGCCAGCGACACUGUGGAAGGCAAGACAAUCUACCAAUCGUUGUCCCGAAGCUUCUUCCGCAUGUCGAAAGACCGGGUGUCUCACCGUAGAAACGAAACAUCGGGCGGCGCUAGCCAUCGAUCUUGA